CGUUAGCACCAGAGGCUCGCGUUCGGACUAAUAAUGACUCACCUUUAACGACCACGUCCGUUUUACAGAGAAAAUCGUAUUAAAUCUUCGAAAUUGUCACUUAUUUCACUUCUCGUCCAUGUUUUGUUCAUUUUAAGGUUCUGCUUACAUCAUGGACAGUGACUUGAGUCCACAAGAUAAAAAAGAUCUGGACAAAUUUAUCAAGUUUUUUGCCCUGAAGACUGUCCAAGUGAUAGUUCAAGCACGAUUAGGGGAGAAAAUAUGCACUCACUCGUCUUCAUCGCCAACAGGGUCAGAUUGGUUUAAUUUAGCCAUCAAAGACAUCCCAGAGGUGACUCAUGAAGCUAAAAAGGCUCUGGCCGGACAGCUCCCCGGCAUCGGGCGGUCCAUGUGUGUGGAGAUUUCUCUAAAAACAUCAGAGGUACAAUAUUUAGACCAUAUUUAA